AUGAAUUUUCAUCUCCACCCUGUACAAGCUGUUCGCCUUGUCUCCCAUUGGUUCUCCCACUGGAGUGAUUGGGAACGUGAGGUGUUUCUUGAUUCUCUCAGUUCUCUGGAACAGACUAAUUGCUACCUGUCGGUUGGAUCUCCAGUUCUUGAUGUCGAAUUAGGACUUUCCACGACUUCUGUGAUGGAUAUGUACUUGGCCAACCUCAUGCACAAUGGGCUCCAGAUUUUACCAGAAAGUCCAAGUCCAACUGUCUUCGAAUGUCAGCUUCGGUUGUUCCAGACAUGGUAUCCAGAAUGGCCCUUAGAACAGAAAGUCCAAUUGGCUGAACAUUUGAAACGGGUGCAACUUCAAGCACUGAAUGAUGUCCCCGGUUCCUUUGAGCCAAACCAAACCCCUUUA